GCGGGGCCUGGCGGGCUGGGGCGGGGCCUAACUUCCCGGGCGAGCGCAGGCCCAGUUGGUGAAGCCCGGGAGGCUCAGCGGAUAGUGCCGCGACGGCCGAGCACAGCCACAGGAGGGUGUCCAGAAGCCACCAGCCAUGGCCGUGGGAAACAUCAACGAGCUGCCGGAGAACAUCCUGCUGGAGCUGUUCACGCACGUGCCGGCCCGCCAGCUGCUUGUGAACUGCCGCCUGGUCUGCAGCCUCUGGCGGGACCUCAUUGACCUGGUGACCCUCUGGAAACGCAAAUGCCUGCGAGAGGGCUUCAUCACCGAGGACUGGGACCAGCCUGUGGCCGACUGGAAGAUCUUCUACUUCCUACGGAGCCUGCAUAGGAACCUUCUGCACAACCCCUGCGCUGAAGAGGGGUUCGAGUUCUGGAGCCUGGACGUGAAUGGAGGCGAUGAGUGGAAGGUGGAGGAUUUCUCGAAAGACCAGAGGAAGGAAUUCCCCAAUGACAAGGUCAAGAAAUACUUCGUGACUUCAUAUUACACCUGCCUCAAGUCCCAGGUGGUGGACCUCAAGGCUGAAGGGUAUUGGGAGGAGCUGAUGGAUAACACACGGCCGGACAUCGAGGUCAAGGACUGGUUCGCAGCCAGGCCAGACUGCGGGUCAAAGUACCAGCUGUGCGUUCAGCUCCUGUCAUCCGCUCACGCGCCUCUGGGGACCUUCCAGCCAGACCCGGCGACCAUCCAGCAGAAGAGCGAUGCCAAGUGGAGGGAGGUCUCCCACACGUUCUCCAACUACCCGCCCGGCGUCCGCUACAUCUGGUUUCAGCACGGCGGCGUGGACACUCACUACUGGGCCGGCUGGUACGGCCCGAGGGUCACCAACAGCAGCAUCACCAUCGGGCCCCCGCUGCCCUGACACCCCCUGAGCCCCCAUCUGCUGAACCCUGACUGGUAAACUACUGCUGUCAGAAAAGGGCUGGGCUUGGGAAGGGGAGGUGGAGACCAGGCAUCCCCAGACCUCUGACUUCACUCUUGCCCCCAGCAGCCUCUUGUUUGUGGAGCCUCUCAGUGUGGGUAGCCCUCUUGAUGAAUGAUGGCCAGGGAAGCCUGCAUGGGCCCCUUUCAGAGACAGGGCACCUGAGAUGUGGGAGGUGCAGUGUGUUCCCCUGGGCCCCUCAGAGAGUUCAGCUUGGAGGCCAGCCUGGAUCGCUCUCCCUCCCCCUCCUGGGACCAUUCUCCCUGUGUUCCUUGAAGACCCUCAGAGCAGGGUCAGGCAACACAUCUGGCAAGCUUGCAGCUGCCCUCAUGGUGCAGGUGCAGGGAGGUGACUGUGUAACUCAGACUGAUCUGGGAAGUGGAGGGCGGGCUCAUGGGCCGUGCUCUGCCCCGUCUGCUGCUUGCAGUCUCUGGCUCUGCCUGCGUACUCAGAAGAGGUGGCUUCGGCUCAGAGGCUCAGUCCUGGUCUGAGAUGGGCAGACCCAGGGUGGGGUGGAGUCCAGGAUGGGUGUGGACUGUCCUCACUAUCAGUGAAGCCCCAGAAGCUAGAUGGGUACCAGGUGGGGGUCAAGUUCCCAGAGGACUGAGGUAAUCCUGCACAGGAUGUCCCAGGGCAGGUGGGGAGCAGGACAGGACCUGAUGCUGACAGCCGGACACGUGAGCCCUGGAUGAGCGCGGUAGGGGUUUCGAAGGAUCGCCUGUCCACCUCCCAGAUCCAGGCAAGGCCCCCUCUGGCUUGAAGAGUAUUCCAAGCCUCCACCCCACCCCUAGAGCUGCCAUUCCCAGGACCUCUCUAUCCCACUCAGCCACCCUUGGAACUCACCUCUUGUCCUGUUGGAAGGACAGCAGUGUUCUCCUGACCUCACCCUACUGCAUGCAGCCAAAUAAAAGGUGUGCCCAGCCUAA